AUGCUCAAGAGCAAGGCAUUCACCCACAAGACCAAGAAGGGGACGAUCAUCAAAGUCGUCAAGGAGCACUAUCUCCGAGAUGACAUUGGGUGCGGCAUCUCAACAUGCCGCUCCUGUGUUCAAAAGACCCCUGCUCUCCUCCAGGAGAAACCGCGGGUCUCAAAGCUUGUGAAGAAGCCUGCGUAUAUCGUGCCCGACACCAAUGUUCUCUAUCACCAGAUCGACGUCAUCGAGCACCAGGUGUUUGUGGACGUCAUCAUCCUCCAGACUGUCCUCGAGGAACUGCGACACAAGAGCAUCGCCAUCUACAACCGCGUGCGCAUGCUGACAUCGGAUCCGUUGAGACGAUUCUACGUUUUCUGCAACGAGCAUCACAAGGAGACUUACAUCGAGAAGAAGCAGGGUGAGACGAUCAAUGAUCGAAACGAUCGAGCCAUCCGAACUGCCGUGCACUGGUAUGGCAAGCACGCCAACUCGGCAACGCCCAUUCUACUCACUGACGACAAGGACAACCGAGCCAAGGCAAAGGAGCUUGGGGUCUCGACGUUCUCAGUCCGCGAUUUUGUCGAAUCUCUCGAUGACUGCCCUGAGCUGGUCGAUAUGGUCGCCGCAAAUGAGGAGGAUUUGGAUGGAAAAGAGAUCGGCAAGAAAGAGUACUUUGACGAGCAUGCGUCGCCGCUCCAAAUCUCAGCAGGCCUGAAGGCCGGCAUCCUUUUCCAGGGCACUCUCAACAUCAGCCUCCACAACUACACCGAGGUGGGCUUGAAGCAGACACUCGGCUUGAAGAACCUCAACCGCGCCGUGCAUGGAGACUUGAUUGCUGUUCAGCUUCUUCCGCGAGACCAGUGGAAGGCUCCUUUGGUGGAUGUUGUUAUCGAAGAAGAGGCUCUUGGCGAGGAUGACUUGGACCAAGCCGAGGACACCGCUGCCCCUGGAGACAGCGCAAUGGAUGUCGACAGCACCAACGCUGAGGUCAAGCCCACGGGCAAGGUCAUUGGUAUCAUUCAGCGGAACUGGAGGCCAUACUGUGGCACGAUCGACAAGAAAUCAGUCGUCAUGACGGGCGGAAGCGGCUCGCAGAAUGUGUUCUUCUGGUCGAUGGAUCGACGUAUCCCAAAGAUUCGCAUCAAAACCAAACAAGCCAUCAGCCUGGUUGGCAAGCGCAUCAUUGUGGCCGUCGAUGGCUGGCCUCGCAACUCUAGAUAUCCCUCGGGUCACUUUGUGAAGACCCUGGGCGAAGUCGGUGAUCGCGAUACCGAGACGGAGGUGCUCUUGCUGGAGCACGACUGUCCGUAUGCGCCGUUCUCGAAGCACGUCGAGAGCUUCCUGCCACCCGAAGGCGAGAGCUGGAUCGUCAAGGAUGAGCAUGUGGCCGGCCGGUGGGACCUCAGAGACUUGGACAUCUGCAGCAUCGACCCUCCGGGCUGUACAGAUAUCGACGAUGCCCUCCAUGCCAAGCCGCUGCCCAACGGCAACUUUGAAGUUGGAGUUCAUAUUGCCGAUGUGAGCCACUUUGUCAAGUCGGGAAACGCCAUGGAUGCCGAAGCAGCGCGACGUGGAACCACGGUCUAUCUGGUCAACAAACGUGUUGAUAUGCUUCCCGGACUGCUGGGCACAAAUCUUUGCUCGCUGCGCUCCAACGUCGAUCGGCUCGCCUUUUCGGUCAUUUGGGAAGUUGACCAGGAAGGCGAAGUUCAGAGCGUCAAAUACAACAAGAGUGUCAUCCGCUCCAAGCACUCGUUCACGUACGAUGAAGCCCAGGCACGACUGGACGACCCGAAAAUGGUUGAUCCUGUCUCGCAAGGCAUCAAGAUCCUCAAUCAGAUUGCCAAAAAGAUGCGCAAGAAGCGCAUGGAUCGCGGUGCCUUGACCCUCGCCUCGCCCGAGGUCAAGUUCCAUCUGGAAAACGAUUCACAGGAUCCUGUUGACGUCGAGAUGAAGGAACUGAAGGACACCAACGCCUUGGUCGAAGAGUUUAUGCUUCUCGCCAACAUCUAUGUCGCCAAGAAGAUCUUUAGCCACUUCCCCGAUUCGUCGAUGUUGCGUCGCCAUCCAAAGCCUCCCCGAACAAGCUUUGAGACGCUUCUCAAGGCACUCGAGCCCCUUGGCAUCACCCUGGACGUGUCGACCUCCAAGACUCUGUCCGACUCGCUCGACAAGGCCGUGAUCGCCUCGGACCCCUAUUUCAACAAACUCUUGCGCAUCAUGACGACGCGGUGUAUGAUGCAAGCUGUCUACUUUUGCUCGGGCACCACCGCCGAGCAUGAGUUCUGGCACUACGGUCUCGCCUCUGAGAUCUACACGCACUUCACAUCCCCAAUUCGCCGUUACGCUGAUUUGGUUGUCCACCGCUUGCUUGCAGCGGCGAUUGGUGUGGAUCGGACGUACUCCUCGGAGCUCACGGAUAAAGUCAAGAUGACCGAACUCUCCGAUGUCCUGAACUACCGACAUCGCAACGCCCAGCACGCCGGCCGAUCGUCGGUCGAGCUCUUCACCACCCUGUACUUCCGCGACAAGAAGGUGGACGAGGAGGGCUACGUCAUCCGGGUGCUCAAGAACGGAUUUGUGGUGUUGAUUCCCAGAUACGGCAUCGAGGGUAUUGUUUACACCACAGCACCGGGAGCGGCAGCCGGGUCGUCGGCCUUUGCCUUUGAUCCCGCAGCGAACACGUUGACAUCACCCAACCUCACCGUCAAGAUCUUCCUGAAGGUGACAGUGCAGAUCACGAUCGAAGAAGCGGGCGUCACCGGCGAGAGAAGCAAGUUGGUGAUGCGCCUUGUCAGUCCUGCUGUUCCGGGCCUCAGCGUGCCCCCUAGCGGUCAAGUGGUCGAGAUCCCCGAGCAGGGUCCUGGGAUCCCCGAGACGAGCUCGCAGGCUAGUCAGCCCCCGGCCACCAAGAAGGCCAGAAAGUCCAAGAAGUGA